GGAUAUUUCCUUUUUCCUAUUCCAGAUUGAAUAAUUUAAAGACCCAGUAUGUGAGAAUCUUCGUUCAACUUCAUGCUCAGUUAGAUGUCAGAUGACAAUUUUGAGGUUACCAUUAUAUCAAAAUGAUACAAAAACCAGUUUGAAAAAACUUCAGGAAUCAUGAAUACAUUUCAGUCAAAAUAUAAAGUGUUAGACAAAUUAGGAGAGGGAUCAUUCUCUGAAGUACUGAAAUGUGAACACCGAGGAACCAAAAAAUUAUAUGCUGCGAAAAUACUCAAGAAGCCUUAUAAAACUGAAGGAAAUAUCACAACAUGUGCGGAGAUUAUUGCUGCCCAAAAAGUUUCUUAUCAUCAGAAUAUUCUGAACAUGCUAGAGUACCAUUAUGACUCAUUUGGAGGAAGGGUUACAUUCAUUUUUGAACUGAUGGAUAUGAGUAUGUACGAUUUUAUGAAAACAAAAAGAAGAGGACUAUCUGAACAUAGAGUUAGAAGCUAUUUGUAUCAAAUACUAAUGGGCUUAGAUCAUUUACAUAAAAAUGGACUAUUUCAUAGAGAUGUGAAGCCAGAAAAUAUUCUGAUAAAAUUCCCUUCAAUCCUUUAUGCUCCAUUGUCACAGACGAAUCCGAAUGAAGUAAUCAAGUUAGCAGAUUUAGGCUCUGUGAGAGGAAUUUUCAGUUCACCACCCUACACGGAAUAUAUUUCAACAAGAUGGUAUAGAUCUCCUGAAUGUCUAUUAACUAUUGGAAACUAUGGUCCAAAAAUGGAUAUUUGGUCUGCUGGUUGUGUUUUUUACGAAAUGCUAACUUUAAAACCGCUUUUUCCAGGCAGCAAUGAGAUAGACCAACUAUAUAGAAUUCAUCAGCUUCUGGGACCACCUUCUAUACAGUAUCUGACAAAGCUAAAAUCGAAGUCAAGAAAUUGUGUUUUUUUUCCAAAAAUCAAAGGAACAGGUAUAGAUUGUUUAUUACCACAUAUAACUAGGAAUGGUAAAAAUAUCCUCAGUCUUAUGAUCGAGUACGACUGGGAAAAAAGAAUUAACGUGAAGAGGUUACUAAGGCAAUGUUACUUUGAUGAAAUCAGAUAUGAUGUAGAAGAUAUGAGCAAGAUUCAGCAUGCUAAUGAAGGUAUCAAGAGGUGUAUGGGUGAUGAUACUAGCAUUUCUCCUAGUCGAGAUAUAAUUCGAAAGAAAAUUUUGAAGACAAAAGAGUACUUCAGUGAUGAAACUCAGAAAAAUAGUUGGAAAUUAAAAUUUGAUCGAUGUGAUGGAGAUGCAAGAAAUAGUAAGAAGAGUAAUGAGAAGAUGAAAAAUGAGCAUCACAUAAAACACGGAGCUGGUGGCCAUUAUAAACCAACUGGUCAGAACUUGUCGAAACAUGAAGUAACGACGUUGCCAUUGGUUGAAUAUAAAGUUAGAUCACUUAGCGGCGAGUGUUCAGUUUCGAACGACUUCGUGGAUAUUCGUUCUCGAAGAUAUAGACAUGUAAAAAAGGAUAAACUAGCAACAUUCAUGAAAGCCACAAGUAAUGUUGAGUCUGUGAACAGAUGUAGUAUGGAUGUACCUGUUUCAAAGAAACGAUUCCAUUCCAAAUCCGUUGUUUUUCCAUAGGGAAUUCAAGAAUACAUCAUACAUUAUACAUCGUACAGAGAAUAAACAGAUGGUUAUUUCGCCUCAGAUUUAUGUAGGUGUUCAUUAUUCUAGAUUUUUUGGGAUUUCCUCUACUCGUUAUUUCUAUUAAAUGAAUACUCGUCAAGUAUUAACAAAAAGCCUUGAAUUACUUGAAAAUCAAUGAAUCGAAGACACCAUAUCGAGGUCAGACCAUAUAAAUCAUAUUAUUUACUCUAGAAUGACUCUAGAAAGUUGAUGCUAUUGCCCAAACAUGAAGUGAAGAGAUUUAGAUGGUGAUGAUUGGUGAUUGCCUUUGCGCGUUUUUCUCAGAAAUUGUAAUAGGGCCGAUUUUGAGCAAAUCGUUAGGUUACUGUUGAUCACUGAAUAAACAAUGUGUGCAAGGAAAGGAGAUGCGAUGUGGAGAUCAGGAGGGAAUAUGUUAUCUAAACCUGAUCAUGCAAAAUCCGAUAUCUUGAAUAUCAGGAAGAUUUCCAUUACAUGCAACAAAGAUAGGCACAUUACGAACAAAUGUCAAAAAUGCUGGAGUAUACUAGGUGACCUCAUGGGUAACUAUAUUUAUGAUCUGUUGAAUUUCAUAAAGUUUUAUGUAGCG